GAUUUUUUUUUCUUCUUCGAUCCAUUUCGUUUCACUUGGAACACGUUCCAUGGCUAGUCAGAAUGGGCCCUGACAGCUGCUUCCCUUCAGCAUGCGUCUCGUGACAACGUAAGAUGUGAGUUUGCACUGUUUUUGCAUCGUUUCCUACAACCUUCUACAACAUAUAUAUAAUGGAUAAUGGAACACAGCCUCCUGUAGCUGCCGGCACGUCAGCGCUCGCGCCGGUUCCAUCACCGCCCGACUUCUUGCCAGUUCCGGGCAAGCCCGAGCGUGCAUGGCCCGCGUGGAAACGUGCUUUCUUGAUGUUCCUUGAGGCGUCCGGCUUGGACAGUGUUGCGCCUAGUCGAAAAAAGGCGAUCUUGUUUUCCAUGCUUGGGGCUGAGGGCCAGAGAACUGUUGACACUUUUCAGCUCGAUGAGACUCCCGUUUCCGAGGAAGGCGAUGUUUUUGAAGUCUUUUUGAGUGCUAUCGAGAAGCACUUUGAGUUUUCUGGGUGUAUCGCGCUGGAACGCCAAAAGCUUCGCGCUCGCGUCCAACGCCCGGGAGAAACCGUCUCGGAGUACUUGACCGCUUUGCGACGCCAAGGGUCUUUUUGUUCUUAUGGAGACGCUUUGGAAGAGAGGCUUGCUGAGGUCUUUUUGGAGGGGUUGGACUCAAAGCGGGUCCAAGACCGCAUCCUUCGAGAGUGUGUGGGGACGGGGGUACCCACUUUAACCCGUGUCGUUCAGCUCGCGCUGCAGUACGAGCAACUUGCGCGCACCACAGAAAGCUUCCACCUGCGAGCUCCCAGUGCUAGCGGUGCGGCGCCGGCAGCCGUUGAGCGCGUCUUUGCGCACGUGCCCAUUGGAACGCCGGACGUCCAAGAUGGAGGUCCAUGGCCGGCUCCUUCCCGAAGUUGGUGGCAAGAUGGCCGGUCCGGCGUCACUUCCAGUCAAGUGCCCCGGACUUUACAACACCACCCACCCCAGCGUCUGCGCUACCCUCCUCCUUCAAUCACGGAGAUGAAGGAGUCGGUGUUCCCUGCAACUUCUGUGGUCGACGCGGCCACAACCGCAACGAGUGUCCAGCGUCUGGUGUGGCAUGUUUUUUGUGUGGAAAGACGGGCCACUUUGCGGUGGUUUGUCGGAGUCGCCGCCCACCGUCGGCGGCCUACGUCAGUGACCCGCGGCGAACGUCGUUCCCGAGCCGUGGCCAGGGCUCCGGCCGUUACUUCGCUGCCUGACCGUUUUCACGGAAUGUGCCGUCAGGAGGUAACGAUCCUGUGA